GGAGACCCUGGGAGCCACCCACCGCAGACCGGGGACUGGGAAUGUCUGUCAUGCCUGUCACUGUGGACGAGGGUCUCUGGAAGGAAGGCUUUUUUUUACAUCAAGAUCAUCAGCAGUUCAAGCAAGAGUGAUACUGAAGGUACUAAAGCCUAGUUUACAAAGCAAAAUAAUAACAGAGGUUAAAUCCUAAGCUCCUUGUGUCUCUGAAGUCCUGUUUUUAGUUCCCGUCCCUUAGUCACCACCUGAGCCAGACUUCUCUUCGCAGAGUCUCACUGCAGUGUGACCACUGCUGCAGAGAAUGUUGGCCUGUUCUGGUUUGGUUUGUUAUUCCCUGGGGAGAUUUCCAAACGUAAUGAAAUUCCUGCAUUUGAAGAGUGAUGGUGAACCCUGGGUGGGUGGCUGGGUCCGGUGGGUGGUUGGGUCGCUGUUGCGGGCACCCCUGGGGUGGGUGCUUUUUGUGCUUGCCCCUGUGUUGGGGCAGCAUGGGCUCCCUAGGCAGCUCCUUAGAGCCAGUUCUGACCCUCGGUGGUGGUGAUUCCAGCUCUGGGGACCAUCUGAAAAGGAUUUGUCCUGCCCACCUGUUCUCCCUGAUGCCUGGAGCUCUGGGAAUGGAGGUGGGCGUGGCCUGGUAAAAGCCGGGUUCAGCCCAGGUGGCUCUGGUGUCCUCCCAGCCGUGUCGGUUAGCAGCCUGCAGUGUUUUCUGCAUAUUUUUGCAUCUGGCACAGACUUGUUACAGGGGACCCAGACCCUCUUGUCUACCAAAGUGCAAGUAAAGAAAAAUGAAAAACCAGAUAGUAUCGUUUUUUAAAUUUGUUUUCCCUAUCUUAUCAGAAUGUUUCUUCUUCCAUUUGGGCUGCUAUAACAAAGCCUCACAGACCGGGCAGCCUGUAAAGCCACAGAUGUUGAUUUUUCACAGGGUGGAGGCCGGAUGUCCAAGGUCAGGGGUCCAGCAGGGUCGGGUGAGGCCCUUUCCCUGGCUGCAGACUUCUGUGUCCACACAUGGAGGAGGGGGUGAGGGAGCUCUGUGGCGUCUCUUAUCAAGGGGACUCCACCUCCUGACCUAAGCACCUCCCAAAGGCCACACCUCCUAACACCCUCACAUUGGGCAUCAGGAUUUCAACACAUAACAUGCAUUUGGGGGACACGGACAUUCAGAGCAGAGCAACCAGCAUACUUUACGAUACGCUUUUUUUCUUUGGCAACUCGCAGACGUUAUCCGAGGCAGAGGUCUUCUGCUCUCGUGCUUUCCUGGGACCCACUGCAGGUGGGAAUCUUGUGCCCUUCUCCCUCUCCACCCCUCUGUGCCUCGGGCCAACACUGGGUUUGCGUUAAUCUAAUCGGAUGAGGUGACACUUAGUCAAGUGCUCUCAUUAACCUCACCGUCCUCACAAGGCCCUCAGAGGGGGUGUGACGUCUCUUUGUCACUGGUGUGGACAAGGCUCACACCUCGUGGCCCUGGGUCAUUGUCUGUAAAACAGGAGCAUCGUGGACAUGCUCCGUAUCCCGUGCUUUUGCUGAUGCAUCUGGCCACCUGGUGCAGCCUGAACAUUGGUCUUAGCAGCUGGAGGACUGGUGUGUGGAAGCACCGUCCUGGAGCCUCACAGGGGAUUCGAACUCAAGGGCUGAGACUCAGCUCACUGUCUUUUAAAUGAAACCACACACCUGGGCUCGGGACUUAGUGAAGCUCAGGUUCUCUAUGUCUCAGCGCAGAAGGAAUUCACAGCAAGAGGCAAAGUGAUAGGUGAGAAGUGGAUUUAUUUAGAGAGAUACACAUUCCUUAGGCAAAAUGUGGUCCCUCUCAGAAGGCGAGAGUGGCCCUGAAGUGUGGGGUGGUUAGUUUUUAUGGGCUGGGUAAUUCUAUAGGCUAACAAGUGGGAGUAUUAUUACAACUUUUUAGGGGGAGAGGCAGGGGCUCCCAGGAAUUGGGCCACCACCCACUCUUUGGCCUUCAUAGUGGGCCUCAGAACUGUGGGGCCUGUGGGUGUGUCAUUUCGCUGGUGCAUUACAGUGGCCAUAAAAUGAGGCUCAACGUCUGCUGGAGGUCACCUUCCACCAUCUUGGGCCCAGUUGGUUCUACCCAGUUCCUGUCGUAUCUGACAUCUGCACUGUUCUUUAAGGACUGUGCUCUGCCCCCUUCCCUCUGGGUUUCACGUCCAUUCCAGGAGGGCGUGCACUGCCUAAGGGCACAUCUGCUGCACCUAAAUAUGCCAGGUGAUUUUCUUACCUGAGAAAGAGCGCAUCAGAAACUCCACUUCCCCAUUGCUGCUGGCAGUAGUUGUUCACCUGGCACUUGUUGCUGCUCUGAAGGGUGGAGUGUGGUCUCAUUGCUCCUGUACUUUCUUUUUCUUUUUUUGAGAAAGUAUUUAUUUACUUAUUUUUAUUUUUGGGCUGCGUCGGGUCUUCGUCACGGCACACGCGUGUGUCGGAGUGCGUGGGCUGGUUGUGGUGCAUGUGCUCAGUAGUUGUGGCGCACGUGCUCGGUAGUUGUGGCACACAUGCUCGGUAGUUGUGGUGCACGUGCUCGGUAGUUGUGGCGCACGUGCUCGGUAGUUGUGGCGCACAUGCUCGGUAGUUGUGGCUCACGUGCUCAGUAGUUGUGGCAGGCAGGCUGAGUUGCCCCACGGCGCAUGAGAUCUUAGUUCCCUGACCACGGAUUGAACCCGUGUCCCCUGCUUUGGAAGGUGGAUUCUUAACCACUGGACCCCCAGGGAAGUCCGUGCUCCUGUGACCGGAGGGUGGGGUGACCCACCGUCCACAGUAGACAACGAUUUGGCCACGUGGAGGUCAUAGGAGACCCUGACGGGGGCUGCUUGGGCUGGAGGGGAAGGAGCCCACACGUUGGAGCGGCUGGACAAGGCUGUGCGGAGGAUGGCUGGCCAGAGGGAUGGCAGGUCUGGGUGACCCGCGAAGGCCGGGGAGGCAGCCCCACAGGCUCCUCUGAUUUCCAUCUUCCUCAGACACCCCAGGGACCAGGUGAUGUCAGCAGCCAGGCUCCUGCCGCCACCGGCGGUGCCCCAGGCCAAGGUGACCUUCGAGGACGUGGCCGUGCUACUCUCCCAGGAGGAGUGGGACCGCCUGGGCCCUGCUCAGCGGGGCCUCUACCGACAUGUGAUGAUGGAAACCUACGGGAACGUGGUCUCCGUGGGAAUUCCAGGAUCCAAGCCCGAGGUGAUCUCUCAGCUGGAGCGAGGAGAGGAGCCAUGGGUCCUGGACAGGCAGGGGCCUGAGGGGCGCAGGGGCCUGGGCAUUGGCCGCGCAGACAACCUUACAUGUGACCACAUGACAGCUUGUGUGCAACAAGACAGCGUGUCUUGUCCCUGGGGAUGUGAAAACAAGGAGCAGGACCAGAAUAGAGACUUGAGCCUGAGGCCGCUCACUUCAGAGGAAAUAUCGAUGAUUCUGAGGAAAACACCAGCCGAGUGGAGUGAGCAGGGAAGUUACAAACCCGAGCAGAGCUUCUGUCUGAGUCCCAGCCCUGCCAGCCCCCCUGAAGGCCGAGCCUUGAGUCAGGGCGUGCCUGUCACUCAGCGCCCGGCCAUUCCUGGUGGGGAGAGACCCUACCGGUGCAUGGAGUGUGGGAAGUGUUUUGGGCGGAGCUCCCACCUCCUCCAGCACCAGAGGACCCACACCGGGGAGAGGCCCUAUGUGUGUAGCGUGUGUGGCAAGGCCUUCAGCCAGAGCUCGGUCCUCAGCAAGCACAGGAGGAUCCACACAGGCGAGAAGCCCUAUGCAUGUCACGAAUGUGGAAAGGCCUUUCGAGUGAGCUCAGAUCUUGCUCAGCAUCAUAAGAUACACACAGGGGAGAAGCCACAUGAGUGCCUCGAGUGCCGCAAAGCCUUCACGCAGCUCUCACACCUCCUUCAGCACCAGCGCAUCCACACGGGGGAGAGGCCGUAUGUGUGUGGUGUGUGCGGCAAGGCCUUCAACCACAGCACCGUCUUGCGCAGCCACCGGCGGGUACACACUGGAGAGAAGCCACAUGAGUGCGCAGAGUGUGGUCGUGCCUUCAGUGUAAAGAGGACGCUGCUGCAGCACCAGCGGGUCCACACCGGGGAGAAGCCCUAUACCUGCGGCGAGUGUGGCCGCGCCUUCAGCGACCGCUCCGUCCUCAUCCAGCACCACAGUGUCCACACCGGGGAGAAGCCCUACGAGUGCAGCGAGUGCGGCAAGGCCUUCCGGCACCGAUCCACCCUCCUGAACCACGAGCGCAUCCACACCGAGGAGAAGCCCUAUGGCUGCUACGCAUGCGGCAAGGCCUUUGUGCAGCACUCCCACCUGACCCAGCACCAGCGGGUCCACACCGGUGAGAAGCCCUACGUGUGCAGUGAGUGUGGCCACGCCUUCAGCGCCCGUAGGUCCCUGGUCCAGCACCAGCGGGUCCACACGGGCGAGAGGCCCUUCCGUUGCGCACAGUGCGACAAGGCCUUCAGCCUGAAGGCCACACUGAUCGUGCACCUGAGGACCCACACGGGUGAGAGGCCCUAUGAGUGCAGCCGCUGCGGCAAGGCCUUCAGCCAGUACUCGGUGCUGGUGCAGCACCAGCGCAUCCACACAGGCGAAAGGCCGUAUGAGUGUGGGGAGUGCGGCCGUGCCUUCAACCAGCACGGCCACCUGAUCCAGCACCAGAAGGUGCACAGGAAGCUGUGACCUUGGCUGCAUGCGAAGCUGCACUUGGGAACUAGGGUGCCCAGCUAGGGGAAGUACCCAUCAGUGUCACCAAGUGUCACCGAGACACUCACGGGAAGCACGGAAAGGUCUCUGGAAGAACUUAGGUUGCCUCAUUGGUUUCUCUCAACUUCUUGAAGUUACACUGCAGAGUAAUUACACAAUUAUAGUGAAUUUUGAUAAAGACAGUUACAACUCCUAAUUUAACAUUAGUUUAUUAGAAGUGAGGAACUAAAGGAAGUUACAGCAUAAGGAUUACUGUCACAGUAAAACUUCCUCACACCCCAAAUAAAGGGUUUUUUCUUAGAACGUUAUAUGCCUUUCCUAAAUACAACUGUUCUGAUUAUUGCACUUAAAAUUAGAAUGUUGGACUAUAUUUUCAGUAUUCUGUUAAGCACUACAGUGCUUUGUGGAUAAAAUAAUAUAAAAAAAGAUUGUCACCAAGUGUCAUCGUGUAUUGUGGCUGAAAAUCCUAAGUGUGUGGAGCCAGUUGUCUUGUAUGAAAAUGGGGUGGGGAGGGGGAAGACUAAAGAUUAAUUGGUGAAAAAUGAUAAAUUUAGAAAACCCUUUAUUUGGUCCUUUAACUUUAUUCAAGAUCAGAAGGGAUGGCCUAACUUAUUAGUGAACACUCAACUCAAAAAUGGAUCUUUUCCUCAAAACUUAUACACAAGAAAUCAUGGGAUGUCUUGUGCUUCUGGGCCCAUGUGGGCUUAGGAGGGGCCUUUACACUCAGAGCCCAGACCUCACACGUGCUACACCACGUGGGUGCUUUACACAUUAUGGUAUCUCCCAAAAAUGUUACUAAAAAGACAGUUCUUUGGCACAUACUUUUAAAACAAAAUUCUCAAAUAGCUUUUUGUUUACUAUUUCGAAUGUUGCUGUUCCUAUGAUUGAGGGUCUUUAUUUUUUACUCCUAGUUCCAAGAGAGUGUAGUAGCCAUUGUCAUAUACUGUGAUAAAUCUAGUUUAUUCAUAACUUUUAAAAGUUUUUUCUCUAUUGAGAAUAUUAUCAGCUUCUCAGGAGAAAUCAAGCACUAGAGUGUUGAUCCUUAGGUCCAUAGCAAUCACUGAUACAGAUGAAAGCUUGUUUUCCCCUCUCUGCAGACACUGCUGAGAGGAGCUGACAUCACUCAGGUGUAACAUCAGAGAGGAGCUGAGAUCACAGGGAAGCUACCAAACCUUUGCUGACUGAGUCCAUGACUGGAGUCUGACUCCCAGUGCCACUCAGAGCAGAGAGCCCACCACUACUUAGGACACAAUUCCUAAUCGUGUGGAAGUUAAAGAAAGAAAUAGUCAUGUUCGAAGACAAGGAUGCUCCCUCUCACCCAUUCCAUUCAACACAGUAUUAGAAGUCUUAGCCACAGCAGUCAGACAAGAAAAAGAAAUGAAAGUUAUCCAAAUUGGAAGGGAAGAGGUAAGGUUGCCAUUAUAUGCAAAUGUGAUACUAUAUAUAGACAACCCUAGACUCCACACAAAAACUACUAGAACUGAUAAUCCUAAAAUUUAUAUGGAACCAUAAAAAGUCCAGAAUUGCCAAAGAAAUCCUGAGGAAAAAGAACAAAGCAUGAGGCAUAACCCUCCCAGACUUGAGACAAUACUAUUGGUACAAAGCUACAGUUACCAAAACUGUGGUACAGGCACAAAAACAGACAUGGAUCAAUGGAACAGAACAGAGAGCCCAGAAAUAGGCCCACACACCCAUGGUCAAUCUUUGACAAAGGAGGCAAGAAUAUGCAAUGGUUAAAAAGAAGGAAAAAAAAAACAGUCUCUUCAGCAAGUGGUGUUGGGAAAGCUAGAUGCAUAUAAACCAAUGAAGUUAGAACCCUUCCUCUCACCACAAACAAAACAAAACUCAAAAUGGCUUAAAGACUUAAACAUAAGACAUGACACCAUAAAACUCCUAGAAGAGAACAUAGGCAAAACAUUCUCUGACAAACAGUACCUAAGGCAGUCAGUCUCCCAAGGCAAUAGAAAUAAAAACAAAAGAAACAAAUGGGACCUAAUCAAACUAAAAAACUUCUGCACAGCAAAGGAAACUAUAAGCAAAAACACCUACAGAAUGGGAGGAAAUGUUUACAAAUGAUGCAACUGACAAGGGCUUAAUUCCAAAAUGUACAAACAGUUCACAUAACUCAACAAAAAACAAUCCAGUUGAAAAAUAGAUAUUUCUCCAAAGACGAAAUACAGAUGUACAACAGCCACAUGAAAAGAUGCUCAACAUCACUAAUUAUUAAAGAAAUGCAAAUCAAAACUAUAAUGAGGUACCACCUCACACCAGUCAGAAUGGCCAUCACGUCUACAAACAAUAAAUACUGGAGGGGAAGUGGAGAAAGGGAACCCUCCUACACUGUUGGUGGGAAUAUAAACUGGUGCAGCCACUAUGGAGAACAGUAUGGAGGUUCCUUAGAAAACUAAAAAUAGAGCUACCCUAUGAUCCAGCAAUCCCGCUCCUGGGCAUAUAUCCAGACAAAAAUCUAAUCCAAAAAGACACAUGCACCCCUAUGCUCAUAGGAACACUUUUCAAUAGCCAAGACAUGGAAGCAACCUAAAUGUCCAUCGAAAGAUGAAUGGAUAAAGAUGUGGUCUAUUUAUACAAUGGAAUACUACUCAGCCAUAAAGAAGAACAAAAUAAUGCCAUUUGCAGCAACAUGAAUGCAACUAGAAAUUAUCAUGCUAAGUGAAGUAAAUCAGAAAGAAAGACAAAUACCACAUGAUAUCACUUAUAUGUAAAAUCUAAAAUAUGACACAAAUGAAGCUAUCAAUGAAACAAACAAAAUCUUGAACAUAGAGAACAGAUUGGUGGUUGCUAAGGGGGAGGGGGUUGGGGGAAGAUGGAGUGGGAGGUUGGGGUUAGCAGAUGUAAGCUUUUAUAUAUAAUGUUUAAUGGAUAAACAAGGUCCUACUGUAUAGCACAGAGAACGAUAUUUAAUAUCAUAUGAUAAACCAUAAUGGAAAAGAAUAUUUAAAAAAAGAAUGUAUAUGUAUCACUGAAUCACUUUGCUGUACAGCAGAAAUUAACACAACAUUGUUAAUCAACUAUAUUUCAAUUAAAAUAUACACUGGGUUGGCCAAAAUUUCCUUCGGGUUUUUCUGUAACAGCUUAUGGAAAAACUCAAAUGAACUUUUUGGCCAACCCAAUACUUUGAUUAAAAAAAAAGAAGAAAACUAACACUAUGUUGGGGAAAAAAAAGAAAGAAAUGGUCAUGUUGUCAAGAUGAGAAUAAAGGUCAGGCAAUUUCAGUUUACAGAGAUACUUGUUUGGAAAGACUAUCACAGGACAACUUGAGUUACACGUUGCAAAUCAUUCUGGUUGUUAAAUCCUACAAAUAACUUAGGGCUUUUGGGGAAAUCAUUCCAAAAUGUAUAGUUUUGCUUCCCUGCCUUGUCAAUGAAGUGCACUUACUCUGUCAUUCUGCCUUUUCUUGCUCUCAGCUGCACUGACCUGGGUGGUUAGCUGCAGUGCCCCCUCACUGGGAAGGAUCCCGGAACAUGCAUUUUUGCCACUUGCCUCUCCAAGGAGCAGAAGUAGCACAUGACCUGCAGGGACCUAAGGGCAGUCAGCCCUUUUUGACGUGGCAUCAGAGGCCAGGAUGACGUUUGGGGUCCCCCUCACCCUGGUAACAGCGUUCUCAGCCAUUAGCUCCCACCUCUGACUUGUCAGCAGCAUUCACACUUGUUUGGGUUUUUUCUGUUUUGUCUUUUUUAGUUUGAAGUCUUUGUAUUUUAUGUAUUUAAAUCUUUCUCUUAAUAUUAUUUCUCCUUACAGCUACCAAUAAUUUGACACUUAGUUCUCCUCGCAUUUUCUAUUAUUUGGGAAAUAUUUUAGACCAACUGGAAUUUGGUGUACUGUGUAUAAUCUGACAUUUUCCAAUAAAAAAAACAAUG